AUGGCCGACUGGUUAACUGAUCAGGUUGCCCGAGUGCCUCAACCUUUGUACGUGUGUGGUCUGGAACGUCAGCUUGGAGGCUCCACUGUGAAGCCAUUACGUUUGUUAGGACAUCGGCACUCCAUUUCUGCCCUGUCAUUUGGAAAUAAAAUCAAUCCGCUUCUCGUCUGCUCAGCUUCCCGUGAGCAUGUGAUAGUGUGGAAUGUUGAUGAAUGCACACAGAAACUACGAGGAGGGUUAACACCUCGAGGAAUUAUUAUUGGAACUCUUCAGAGAUUGGUGCUUCAUGUAAGAUUUAGUCCAGAUGAUCAACAAGUGGCAGUAUGUGCUGGAAAUCGAAUCUACGUGUUAAGUGUAAAGUAUGAAGCUAUACCAGUUGAAUUGAAUGGCCACCUGGCUCCAGUGACUGCUGCUGAGUUUUGCACGCGGGAGAAAAAUAUGCUUAUAUCAAUUUCUGAAGACAGGAGCUUUAAGAUAUGGGACUAUUCCACUGGACUGUUAAUACAUCAGUCAGGAGUAUUUACAGGAUUUCCUUUGCUAAGUCUGCUAGUUGACGAAGAAAAGAGACAGAUCAUCACUGGAUCUGCUGAAGGACAGCUUUGGAUCUUCAGUUUAAUCAGUGAUCAUAAUUACUGUUGUGUGACACGUAUUGACUUAAAGAAAGAGCAAGAGAAAUUCUAUAAUAAAAUCUGGAAAUCCGAAGAAGAAUUAGGUGAAAGACAAAAUGCUUCUGAGCUUUGCAGAACAAGCAGCAUGAAACCAGAGGGGCCAGUGGAAGCAUCAUUGCCUGUCCUCCUAAUUGAACACUGUGAUUAUUCAGUAUGUUUCCAUAAGGAAGAAAAUGAAUCCUGUGUCCAGAAUAGAAGCUAUUUUUGGAUAGGAACCUCUACUGGCUUGUUAUUAAUAAAUUCAGCAAACUUGGAAUUGGAAGCCUUUUUAUGUUACAAAGAUUACAGCGGCCUCAGCAUUCGAUUUGCUAGAUCGUGUUCAUUAAUGAAGAAAGCAGUUAAUGGAAAGGUUUUAUGCUUGGUCACCUCAAUGUUUGAAGACAUGAUUACUGUGUUGGAAGUUAACCCUGCUUUGUUGCUGACAUCUCAGCAGAGUGGUACUUGUAAAAGUGGAAAUGAAGAGAGUCUAUCAGUCAUUGCCAGGUGUCCUUUGUUGCCAAAAUCUCCAUUGUGUACAAAUUUAAAUAAAAAUAAAAAUAAAAAACAUCUGAGUAAAACAGAAAGAGUGAAAAGCACUAGGAAAGAUCAACCACUGGUAUUUCAUAAUAAAAUUAAGUCAUCUGGUUAUACAGCUUCACCACGAAUGACCAUGUUUACGCCAAAUACUAACCUGAAGAAAAAUGAGGUAUUAAAGUGCAAAACCAGUUUUAAAUGUACAAGUAAAGAAUAUCCCCUGGAAAGUUCUCCUCCAAUCAUCUCUAGCAGAGAAAUAUCUAUUGGCUUUGAACCAACUAGAAUUUGUUGCAUUCAGUAUUCUGGGGAUGGAAAUUACCUGGCCUGUGGGCUGGCUAACAAGACUGUACUGAUAUUCAACUCCGAUCUCACCAAUACACAUCAUGUUUUUGGAGGUCAUGAUGGUGUAGUUAAUUCUGUUGACUGGAGUCAUGACAAGAAGUGGAUAGUUUCUGCAUCGGAUGAUAGAACUGUAAGGGUCUGGUCAGUCUGCAAGAAUGAAGCUGCCCUAAUUCUGGGAAAAGAGAUGUUCCACAGGGCUGUAGGAUUUGCACAAUUUUAUUUUAUGGAUACAUUUAUGUUGCUGUGUUGCGGAGCUGAGUUUUAUUUAUUAAGUUGCCAUCUAGAUGCAGCAAAGGAUGACCUAAGACGAUACAAACGGAAAAGUAUUUGCAAAUUGGUAGAAACAUUUCCCAUGGCUUCAACAAUGGAGAUCACCAGCCUUUCAGCAGUAAAUGAUUUUUACUCUUAUAUUGUACUUACAGCUGGUAGCAACCGAGCACUGGAAGUUUUUGAUCUCAAUGCAGGCCGCAGCACUGCAGUGAUACCAGAAGCUCAUACUAGAGCAGUCCAUCAGAUCUGUCAAAACAAGGGAUCAGCCUUCAGCACUCAGAAACCUGAAGAUUACAACCUUUUCAUGACCACAGCUGUAGGUGAUGGCAUCAAACUCUGGGAUUUAAGAACUCUCAAGUGCGAACGUCGAUUUGAAGGCCAUAGUAGCCGCUCCUACCCAUGUGGAAUUGCAGUAUCUCCUUGUGGGAAGUUUAUAGCCAGUGGAUCAGAUGACAAAUGUGCUUAUAUAUAUGAUAUGCAUUCAAGUACCUUUUCAUAUAAACUGGGAGGACACACAGAUACUGUCAUUAAUGUGGCUUUUAAUCCCUUUUCGCCACAGAUUGACCUUCGUAGUCAUGAAAUGGAAACUGCAGGCAUGUUGGAAAACUUCAGAGGGAACGCAGCUGAGAGUUUGGAUCCUGAUGAAUAAGGCGGCAAAAAGAUGGGGCAAUGAAAAAUGGUCAGAACGUGUAUUUUCAGAGCAGAUGGCAAAUUUGUACUCAUUUGCCAUGACAAAUGUUAAACACAAAAUAUUUGCAACUGCAGUUGUUUAAGCUAGUAUAUUUUACUUCAUGUUUUUGAUGAACUGGAUGCACUGGGUCAACUUGACCUCACAUGUUCUAAUAGCAAGUUUACAACUCUUUACUUACUAUAUUACAUAUAUGUCCAUUCAACGUACUGCUUUAAGAUACUGAGGAAGGAAUUUCAUUUGUCUGUUUUCCCUUUAAGCAGUAGUGUGCAGUAUUGCAGGCUUUGUAUGAGGAUUGUCUGCCAAGAACUGCACUACAGUUGAUGUCUGGUGAGAAGUCAUUUCCUUUACCACCAUCCAACGAAAGAAGAUAGCUGCAUUUAUAUAUAUAUACCAAAGAAUACAGCUGCAUUUAUAUAUAUAUAAAAGGCACCAUGUUAUCUGAUAUAUAACACACUUUCUGAGGUUGGCUAUAUUCUUUCCUUCUCUUCUUGCGCUGUUAGCCAUCCUUAAUAAAAAAAACGCAACUGUUAGCAGUCCUUCAGUGAUGCAGAUAUGCAGUUUAAAUCUUGAAGAACAAGUAUGAAACUUGUUAAUAAUUCUGGAGAAAUUCUUCAAAUUUAAGUAAUUGCAUAACUAGUACAAUCUGAAAGGUUACAUGGUUUUUGAAAUUCAGUCUUACGACAAAACUACAGCUUGUCUUCUAUACUAAAUUUAAUCCUAUUCUAAGUAGCUCAUGGGAAAGAAGGUUCUUCAGCUCUACCACCCUUGGGAGCUUUUCAGUGUAGGUCAAUGUACAGUGCCAAGUUUGAUUCCUACCUGUUUAUAAUGUUUACACCUACAAAUUUUGGCCUUUGCCUUUAAAAGAACUGCUUUGAUGGUAAAACUGAAUAGAGCUGCUAGUUGUACCGCGAUCUUGCUAUAGGGUUGAUUCAGUGUGUAGGUAUCCUAUUAGGGUGAUGGAGAAGGUAAUCCUACUAAGUUUAUUCUAUUCCCUGAUAGUUCAUAACCAGAUUUUCUAUUUUCAAGUUCAUACAAUGUCUUUUCAUACAGUAGGAAUGAUGUUACUUUUACAGUUUCUAAUAAGCAGUAGUAAUGCUGUGUGCAACCUUGUGUAAUGUUAUUUAGCAGAAAAGUUUGUUUAUACCUACAAAAUGACUUGUAAGCGCAUAUGACAACUCUGAAGAAGGAUGGUGGAAUUUAAAAAAAAGGAAGAGAAAGCUGUCUCUUAGCUAGCAAGGACAAUACAGUUUAAUAAUGAGAUACUCAAGUCAUUCUAAGUACAUUGCCAGCAAACCACAGCUGUGCACCACAUGAUUUGAGGUAAAUAUGCUUGCACUGGUAAGCUUCUUAAUUCACAGUGCAUUUGUUAUAAAAUCUUUAGUGUAGUUCUUAGAAAUUUAGAUACUCUAUUGAAUGGCAUUAAUAGUCUGAAUGACACUUAGGGGUGGUACCAAACAAUUGGUUACUCAACUGUCUUGAGUUCUGUUUACCAAGAAUCCAGACAGGGAGGGCUGAGGUCAGUUGUGGACUGGAAGGAGAUAGAAUUGGCUGGGAGUAGGAAGGAAAGUCACUGACUGUACUCAUAGGGAUAAUCUGGAGAAAAAAGCUACUUGGAGAUAAUCAGAUAGAAAAUGAGGGUAAGGGGGAGUGUUGGAUUGUAACAAUAAGAACUGGAGGCAAAGGACCUACGUAUGAUAAUGGAGAGAUGAAGAGAGAGCCUAGAGGGAGGGAGUGAAAGCCCUGCAGAGAGAGGUAAGAGAAAAUAGCUGCAAGGAUAAGAAUAAUGGUUUCUACAGUUUUAGUUAUGCCUUUCUGAAAAAGAGAGCAAAAGUAAAAUGUCUCAUGCUUUGUUUCAAAGAUAGUGAGAAUGCACGGUUAUCUUAACAGUUCUAAAAAUUACUGUGCUCAAUGCCUCCGAAAAAGCUACCCUUCAAAGGACUGAAGCAGAGUUGCCAGAUAAAAUAAACAUGUCUUGCUCCUCUUGCACACUACAGAACUGUCUUGCAGGAACCAAUAAUAUAAUACUGAAAGGGAUAACCAAAUGAGCAUCUGCUUUUCAUGCUCCAUUAAGAAGCAUGUAGAAAAAUUCUGUGUGGUGGAAAUCUUGUACUUCAAAUACAGUCUUCUCCUUUGUCCUGAGGAACUGAAAUGAGAAAGUUCUGGCAAAAAGAGGAAAGACCAAACAUUAGUAGUUUGUUCAACUAUGUUUCUUAUAGAAAUUUUGAAGUAAGAAUUAGGAUUUAAUUAUCUUAUAUAGCCAUUUAGGAAGUUAUCUUUCAAAUACUGUAUUUCUUUUUCUUGCCAUCUUGUAAAGCUAGUCUGUAUUUCAUGUUUUUCUUAACAAAGAGCAUUCAGAGAAUGUAAUCUAACACCUGCUGAUACUAGAAACCAUUCUGUGGGAGGUUUCAGUUCUACAGUUCAGGGCUUUGUAGAGCAGGUAUAAAGUGUCUUCCUUCACCUUGAUUAAAAUUCAAAUGUUUCUAUUCCAAGAGGAUUAUCCUUUGCUACAUAGUCUUCGAGAAACUUAUGGCCAAAUCUACUGACAAUUAUUAUAUGAAUGAAUAGAAAUUGUUUAGGAUGGCAGAAUUCAGUCAUUAAAAAUGCAAUUAGAUGUAUGCAAGGAAAAUGAAGAAUGGAAUAAUCUGCAUUCCAAAUGAGCUUUUGGAAAAAGGAACACUAAAUCUUAGCUAACAUAUUAAAUAUGAAAAGAAAAACAGACACAACUUCUGUCUCAAAUUAAAAUAGCAGCAUAAAAUGGUUCCAGCUGUCCAGUGAAGUAUGAUAUUGCCACACCAAACAUUUUGGCCCAGCUUCUGGCUGUGUCUCAACUGUGUACAGCACAAGUGGGGAAAGAAGGAAGCAGAAAUUCUCUAAAGUUGCCCUUUGUACUUAUUUUCUUACAAACUUCCUGAUCUUCAUAUAAAUAACAGAAGCUCAGAACUGCGAGGUCCUUACUCCCAGCGAGCUUUCCUUGUAAACUGAUUUGGCAGAUGGGAGGCUUCUGUUUUGUUUUCUUCCUUUCUGGCCUGCAGCAUAUAUAGGCAGGAAAGAGUAGAUCCUGAUAAAGGGAUCGCGUAACUCUUUCUUUUAUUCCAUAUAAAUAAUCAACAGAUGGAAUCACUGUUUUUCCUAGCUGCUGGGUUUCUAAAGAAUGGUAUGAGGUGUCUAACAACUACAGUAACUUGUUUAUUAAAAUAAUGGCAUUGUAAUCUGAGGAGACUGGCUUAUCUAUGUUUUUUCCUAAUUUUGUAAUGUAUCUGCUUUGUCAGGCAUAUCUUGCUAGGUGAGACAUCCUGUGACAUCAUUUUUUACAGAAGGGCUUAAUUAUGAAAGAACCUUUCUUUGAACAAAUAGAUCAUUUUCCUACUGCCAUACAAUACCAUACUACAAGCCCAUGUCUGAGACUUGCUCCAUUCUUGCAUCCUUCAUUUCUGCUCUUCUAUGAACAUCUGGACAGAGUCACAUUUAUUUCUGCCAUUGUCUUUUUUGUCAGGAUUACCUGAUCAGGUAGCAACCUAUGCUGUGAGCUGAAGCGAACUUAGGUCAGGAGAAGAAUGUGUUAUACAUCUUCAGGUUGUCUUUUUAA